AUGGCAAGACAAGUAGGUCCAAACGUCCAAACGUGGUUUCCAGGAUUUAAAUCGGAUAGAUCAUCCCUUUGCAUCUAUCCCGUCAUCUAA